CUCGCUUUUCUCCAAUAGACAUGACUUCUUCACAACCAACAUCACUGUCGUUCUUAAUGCACUCUCUACUCGCUUUCUCUCCCUAGGUGGUCCCUCAUUUCUUCCUCUUUAUAUUUCUCUUACCACUUUCUCCAUUUCUUCAUCUCUUAUAUCUAAUUGAAUAUAUAAACCCCUCGCCAACCCUCCUACCAACAGAUACAAGAAACUUGGUCUUAAUUUCCCAAAGAUGUCGAGCCGAAGGUCGUCGUCGAGGCAGUCCACCGGCGGCGUUUCCCGGAUUUCCGAUGAUCAGAUAAUUGCACUUGUCUCCAAGUUACGCCACCUUCUUCCUGAGAUUCGUGACAACCGAUCUGACAAGGCAUCAGCAUCCAAGGUUUUACAAGAGACGUGCAAUUACAUUAGAAGCUUGCAUAAAGAGGUGGAAGAUCUAAGUGACCGACUCUUUCAGCUUUUGGCUACCAUUGAUGCCGAUGGUGCCGAGGCUACUAUUAUUAGGAGUUUACUUAUGUAAUAAUAAUAAUCCAACUUUACUAUUAUUAUUUAUUAGGUCCAACAAAAACUAGAUUAUAGUUUAAGAUGCUUACCCCAUGUGCAUUGUAAUUACUUAGUAUAAUAAAAAGACUUGCAAUAGCAAAGCCUUUUAAUUGUAAUGACAAUAUGGAUGACUUAUAUAAUUAUGUUUAGCUUUUCAUAUAUUUAAAAGAUUAUAUCGUGAUUUU